CUUUAAUACAAAGUACAACGAGUAAGUAAAUAACAAUACCCCGCCAUAUUCUUUUUGACAAAUUUUGUUCUUCAAGUUUUAAAAGGAAUUUCUCCAGUGGAUAAAAAGGGUUUAAAAUGGCAGUAUCUGGCAGAAAGGCACUGCAGAAGUUUGCUUCAUCUAUGUCUAGAGGUUCUGGUGAGGACUAUGAAAUUUUCUGUCAGCCAUGCGACAGGGAUGAUAUCAGACUUCCUGCCUUCGGUUUCUGUGUAGAUUGUCAAGAACACUUGUGUGAAUCUUGUUUUAACCACCACAAAAGAGCUAAACCUUUAAGGCACCACACCCUCCUUGAUAAGCACAACAUGCCACAAAGUCUACAAGUUUCUUCACAACCAGAUCCCCAUGCUUUGCCUGGUGAUCUUACAAAACCAUGCUCUACACACAAGAAGGAAAUUAUCAAGUUCUACUGCCAUUCCCAUAAUGCACUUCUCUGUAGUGUAUGUGUAACCCUAAAGCACCAAAGCACUGCCUGUCGUGUGGACUACAUACCUGAUAUAUCUGGCAAUAUUGUCAACAACAAGAAGUACAGAAAGAUCAUUAAAGAGAUAGACACCAUGAUUGGAAUAUUUCAAGAUACAGCUGGAGACCUUAAGAAAAUGACAGAAAAAUCUAAUGCUUCUUUGACGAAAGUUCUUGCAGAAAUUAAAAAGUUCAGGAAAGAGAUCAACCAAAGGCUGGAUGCUAUGGAAAAUGAAGUUGAAAAUGCAGCUAGCUCUCUGAAAAAAGACAAUGACCAAAGACUUAAGACCACGCAAGCAACAUGUGAUGAUGUUAUAAAAGACCUUCAAGAAUCAUCAGACUCCAUCAAACAACUUAACACAUCAAACAAAGAAGACACACUGUUCAUGGAAAUUGAAAACUGCUGA